GAAAAUCCAUUUUCUCAACAUUUUGAUAUCGAAUACGAUGCUGAUUUAGACGCCAUUACUCGAUUGAUCGAAUUCUCUCAAUCGUGCUCUCAGAGAAUACAUACUCGAUGUGUAAAUGUUUUGAUAACGGAUCACGCGGCUUGGAUUAACAGACGGAAUGAGACAGCGGAAUAUUUCGCCGGAAGUAAUACUAGCUAUGUAGGAUGUGACUGCGGUUUGAAAGGAACGUGUGACAGUACGGACAUCAAGUGCAACUGUGACGUUAACGACUAUAUAGAACGCUAUGAUGAUGGUAACAUCACCAAUAUGAACGACUUGCCGGUGAUUGGAUAUCGUUCUGGAGAUACUGGU